AUGGCAGAGGAGCCCAUCGUGCCCGUUUACUGCACCGGGGUGUCGGCGCAGGUGCAGCGGCAGCGGGCGAAGGCGCUGGGCUUGGGGCAGCACGAGAACGCGCUGCGGUACCUGGGGCAGGAUUACGGGCGCCUGGUGGAGGAAUGUCGGCGUUCCGGGACCCUCUUCCGUGACCAGACCUUCCCACCAGCUCCUGCUUCCUUGGGCUUCCGUGAGCUGGGCCCUGGCACCUCCAAAACCCACGGCGUCCAGUGGAAGAGGCCGACGGAGCUGUGUCCGCGCCCGCAGUUCAUCGUGGACGGGGCCACACGCACCGACAUCUGCCAGGGAGCUCUGGGUGACUGUUGGCUGCUGGCAGCCAUUGCCUCCCUCACACUCAACGACACCCUCCUUCACCGCGUGGUGCCCCACGGGCAGAGCUUCCAGCAAGGCUACGCUGGCAUCUUCCACUUCCAGAUCUGGCAGUUUGGUGAGUGGCUGGACGUGGUGGUGGACGACUACCUGCCCACCAAGGAUGGCAAGUUGCUCUUCGUCCACUCGGCCGAGGGCACCGAGUUCUGGAGCGCCUUGCUGGAGAAGGCCUAUGCCAAGGUGAACGGCUGCUAUGAGGCGCUGUCGGGGGGCAGCACCUCAGAAGGCUUUGAGGACUUCACCGGCGGCGUCACCGAGUGGUACGACCUGCGCAAACCCCCCCAGGAUCUCUACCAGAUCAUCCUCAAGGCCCUGGAACGUGGCUCCCUCCUCGGCUGCUCCAUCGACAUAACGAGCGCCUUCGACAUGGAGGCAGUGACCUUCAAGAAGCUGGUGAAGGGACACGCCUACUCGGUGACAGGGGCCAAGCAGAUCAACUAUCGGGGGCAAUCCAUGGGCCUGAUCCGGAUGCGCAAUCCCUGGGGAGAAGUGGAGUGGACAGGAGCCUGGAGUGACAACUCGUCCGAGUGGAACGCGGUGGAGCCGGCGCUGAGGCAGCAGCUGAUGGUGAAAAUGGAGGAUGGUGAAUUUUGGAUGUCCUUCCGGGAUUUCCUCCGGGAAUUCACCCGCCUGGAGAUCUGCAACCUGACCCCAGACGCUCUCCAAUCCCGCAAGUUCCGCAAGUGGAACACGCGGCUCUACGACGGGACGUGGCGAUCCAACCUCUCGGGGGGUGGGGGGUUUUUUUUUCCAGCCACUUUCUGGAUCAACCCUCAGUUUAAGAUCCAGCUGGAGGAGGUGGAUGAUGACGGGGAUGAGGGCGGCGGGCGCGAGCCCGGCUGCAGUUUCCUGCUGGCGCUGAUGCAGAAGCACCGGCGCCGUGAGCGCCGCUACGGGAAGGACAUGGAGACCAUUGGGUUCGCUGUCUAUGAGGUUCCACCAGAGCACGUGGGGAAGUCGGGGGUCCACCUGAAGAGGGAUUUCUUCCUGGCCAACGCCUCGCGUGCCCGCUCGGAGCAGUUCAUCAACCUGAGGGAGGUCAGCACGAGGUUCCGGCUGCCACCGGGCGAGUACAUCGUGGUACCUUCCACCUUCGAGCCCAACAAGGAAGGGGACUUUGUUCUCCGUGUCUUCUCUGAGAAAAAAGCUGGCACUGAGGAGAUGGAUGACAGGAUCCAGGCCACGCUGCCCGAUGAGAAAGUGCUCUCUGAAAGCCAAAUCGAUGAGAACUUCAAGCAGCUCUUCAAGCAGCUGGCGGGGCCGGACAUGGAGAUCAGCGUCGCGGAGCUCCAGACCAUCCUCAACAGGAUCAUUGGGAAACCUUUGCAGGUUAGAAGUAUCCCCUCAUGGGUGACCCCCAUUUUUUUUGGGGGGGGGGUUGGUUUCCAGUCCAUCUUCCGCAAGUUCGACCUGGACAAGUCGGGCAGCAUGAGCGCCUACGAGAUGCGGAUGGCGCUGGAAGCAGCAGGCUACAAAUUGAACAAAAAGCUGCACGAACUGAUCAUCACCCGCUACGCCGAGCCCGACCUGGCCAUCGACUUCGACAACUUCGUCUGCUGCCUCGUGCGCCUGGAGACCAUGUUCAGGUUUUUCCAAGCGAUGGACGUGGACCAGGAUGGAGUUGUCACCUUUGACUUGCUACAG